AGCCGCCGCCGAGAGGCCGGGACCGGAGCCCGGCGGCCGCGCCCAGGAGCCUGCGGGGAGGGACAUGGGGCGCGGCGACCCGCUAGGGCCCCGCAGGCUGCAGAAUCCCGAGGGCUGCCCUCCAGGCCUCUGCGGCACCCCCUUCUCACCCCACGCCCGGGUUUCCACCUGAGCGAGAACCCCCAAAGCCGCUCGCCCGCCAUGGCUAACGGAGUGAUCCCGCCGCCCGGGGGCGCCUCCCCUCUCCCCCAGGUCCGGGUGCCCUUGGAGGAGCCCCCUCUGAGUCCGGACGUCGAGGAGGACGACGACGACUUGGGCAAGACAUUGGCUGUGAGCAGGUUUGGGGACCUCAUCAGCAAGCCUCCGGCCUGGGACCCUGAGAAGCCCAGCCGCAGCUACAGCGAGCGGGACUUUGAGUUUCACCGGCACACAUCCCACCAUACCCACCACCCGCUCUCGGCCCGCCUGCCUCCACCCCACAAGUUGCGACGACUGCCCCCCACCUCCGCCCGGCACACCAAGAGGAAGAAGAAGAAGGAGAAAACCUCGGCUCCCCCCUCAGAGGGGACCCCUCCCAUCCAGGAGGAGGGAGGAGCCGGAGCAGAGGAGGAGGAAGAGGAGGAAGAGGAGGGGGAAUCCGAGACAGAACCUGUGGAGCCUCCACCCGCAGGGCCCCCACCGAAAGCGAAGUUCUCCAUUGGCAGUGAUGAGGAUGACAGCCCUGGCCUCUCGGGCAGGGCCUCCUGCACCAAGCCCCUGCCCUCAGCUGGCCCACGUUCUGAACAGAGCCCCCAGCACUCCACCAGCUCUCCCAGCCCCCGGGCCCGGGCUUCCCGGCUUGCUGCGGAGAAGAGCCGGCCCUGGAGCCCGUCAGCCAGCUAUGACCUGAGGGAGCGACUGUGCCCAGGCAGUGCCCUGGGCAACCCCGGUGGGACAGAGCAACGGGUGCCUACUGACGAGGCAGAGGCCCAGAUGCUGGGCUCUGCAGACCUGGAUGACAUGAAGAGUCACCGGCUGGAGGACAACCCCGGCGUUCGGCGACACUUAGUAAAGAAGCCAUCUCGGACGCAGGGAGGGAGGAGCAGCCCGAGUGGCCUGGCCCCCAUCCUGCGCAGGAAGAAGAAGAAGAAGAAGUUGGAUCGGAGACCUCAUGAGGUGUUCGUGGAACUGAAUGAGCUGAUGCUGGACCGCAGCCAGGAGCCCCACUGGCGGGAGACGGCCCGCUGGAUCAAGUUUGAGGAAGAUGUGGAGGAGGAGACGGAGCGCUGGGGCAAGCCCCAUGUUGCCUCCCUUUCUUUCCGAAGCCUUCUGGAACUCAGGCGGACCAUUGCCCAGGGAGCGGCCCUCUUGGACCUGGAGCAAACCACUCUCCCGGGCAUUGCCCACCUUGUGGUGGAGACCAUGAUCGUAUCCGACCAGAUCCGGCCAGAGGACAGGGCCAGCGUUCUGCGGACCUUGCUGCUGAAACACAGCCAUCCCAAUGAUGACAAGGACAGUGGCUUCUUCCCCCGGAACCCGUCGAGCUCCAGUGUGAACUCAGUCCUGGGGAAUCACCACCCCACCCCUAGCCAUGGCCCUGAUGGCCCAGUGCCCACCAUAGCUGAUGACCUGGGAGAGCCAGCUCCACUUUGGCCACAUGAUCCCGAUGCCAAGGAGAAGCCCCUCCACAUGCCCGGGGGAGACGCACACCGGGGGAAAAGCCUGAAGCUGCUGGAGAAGAUCCCCGAAGAUGCCGAAGCCACCGUUGUGCUCGUGGGCUGCGUGCCUUUCUUGGAGCAGCCAGCAGCGGCCUUUGUGCGGCUGAGUGAGGCUGUACUCUUGGAGUCUGUGCUGGAGGUCCCUGUGCCUGUCCGCUUCCUCUUCGUGAUGCUGGGGCCCACCCACACCAGCACCGACUAUCACGAACUGGGGCGCUCCAUUGCUACCCUGAUGUCUGACAAGCUGUUUCAUGAAGCUGCCUACCAGGCCGAUGACCGGCAGGACCUGCUGAGCGCCAUCAGCGAGUUCCUGGACGGCAGCAUUGUGAUUCCCCCGUCGGAAGUGGAGGGCCGAGAUCUGCUGCGCUCUGUGGCCGCCUUCCAGCGGGAGCUCCUGAGGAAGAGGCGGGAGCGGGAGCAGACCAAAGUGGAGAUGACCACUCGGGGGGGCUACGUGGCCCCUGGCAAAGAUCUUGCUUUGGAGAUGGGGGGCUCGGAGGCAGCCCCUGAAGAUGACCCCCUGCUGCGGACGGGCUCGGUGUUUGGGGGGCUCAUCCGGGAUGUGAAGCGGCGGUACCCGCACUAUCCCAGCGACCUGCGGGAUGCGCUGCAUUCCCAGUGCGUGGCCGCGGUGCUCUUCAUCUACUUUGCUGCCCUCAGUCCUGCCAUCACUUUUGGGGGGCUGCUAGGAGAGAAGACCGAGGGGCUGAUGGGUGUGUCCGAGCUGAUCGUGUCCACUGCCGUGCUCGGCGUCCUCUUCUCCUUGCUGGGGGCCCAGCCGCUCCUUGUGGUUGGCUUCUCUGGGCCUCUGCUUGUCUUUGAAGAAGCCUUCUUCAAGUUCUGCCGAGCUCAGGACCUGGAGUACCUCACUGGCCGGGUGUGGGUCGGCCUCUGGCUGGUGGUGUUCGUCCUGGCCCUGGUGGCGGCUGAGGGCAGCUUCCUUGUCCGCUACAUCUCUCCGUUCACCCAGGAGAUCUUCGCCUUCCUCAUCUCGCUCAUCUUCAUCUACGAGACCUUCCACAAACUCUACAAGGUAUUCACAGAGCACCCUCUGCUGCCCUUCUACCCCCCUGAGGGGGCUCUGGAGGGGGGCCUGGAGCCUGGCUCGGAGCUGAAUGGCAGUGCCCUGCCCCCCACGGACGGCCCCCCAGGCCCGAGGAACCAGCCCAACACAGCCCUGCUUUCCCUCAUCCUCAUGCUGGGGACCUUCCUCAUCGCCUUCUUCCUGCGGAAGUUCAGGAACAGCCGCUUCCUGGGCGGCAAGGCUCGCCGCAUCAUCGGGGACUUUGGCAUCCCCAUCUCCAUCCUGGUAAUGGUCCUGGUGGACUACUCCAUCACAGACACCUACACGCAGAAGCUGACCGUGCCCACGGGGCUCUCCGUGACCUCCCCUCACAAGCGCACGUGGUUCAUCCCACCCCUGGGCAGCGCCCGCCCUUUCCCACCGUGGAUGAUGGUGGCAGCUGCCGUCCCUGCCCUCCUGGUCCUCAUCCUGAUAUUCAUGGAGACCCAGAUCACGGCGCUCAUCGUCAGCCAGAAGGCGCGAAGGCUGCUCAAGGGCUCCGGCUUCCACCUCGACCUGUUGCUGAUCGGCUCUCUGGGUGGCCUCUGCGGGCUCUUUGGGCUGCCCUGGCUCACGGCCGCCACCGUCCGCUCCGUCACCCACGUCAACGCGCUGACGGUGAUGCGCACCGCCAUCGCUCCGGGUGACAAGCCCCAGAUCCAGGAGGUGCGGGAGCAGCGGGUCACCGGGGUGCUCAUCGCCUGCCUCGUGGGCUUGUCCAUCGUCAUGGGGGCUGUGCUGCGGCGGAUCCCACUGGCUGUGCUCUUUGGGAUUUUCCUCUACAUGGGGGUCACAUCGCUGUCCGGUAUCCAGUUGUCCCAGCGUCUAUUGCUUAUCCUCAUGCCAGCAAAACACCAUCCUGAGCAGCCUUAUGUGACCAAGGUGAAGACGUGGCGGAUGCACCUGUUCACCUGCAUCCAGCUGGGCUGCAUCGCGCUGCUCUGGGUGGUGAAGUCCACGGCAGCUUCGUUGGCCUUUCCCUUCCUGCUGCUGCUCACGGUGCCUCUGAGGCGGUGCCUCCUGCCUCGGCUCUUCCAGGACAGGGAGCUGCAGGCGCUGGACUCGGAAGAUGCGCAGCCAAACUUCGACGAGGAUGGCCAGGAUGAGUACAACGAGCUGCACAUGCCCGUGUGACCCCCCCCCUCCCAGAGACCCCACCUUGGUGACCCCUGGACCCCAGGCAGGGCCCGGCACCAGGCCCAGGAGCUCCUCACCACCCAGGGAUGUGACCGGAGCUACUGCUCAUGCUAAUAAGCCCGUGGCCUCCCUGAUUUUGGGUUGGGCCUUUCACACAGCAGAUCACACAGGCUUUGAGCUCAUUAUAACCACACUCUUGUCUUGUGUCUGCCUCACUUUUCUUGGUUCCAUCUCUGGUUUCUCAGGAUCUCCUCCUUACCCUUCUGGAGUUGGAAGAAUUGGAAGAAUUUCAUUACCAGGGCCACUAAAACCAGGAGAGGUUUGAGGCAAGGAGAGUCCUUGGGGACAGGGGAAAAAACUACACAAGGUCAAAGCUGGGUCUUAUUAUUCUUCCUGCCUCCUGGAUCCCCUCUAGUAUGGGGGCAGGAGGAGCUCAAGGUCUGUUCAAGGUCAUUGAAAGCGUGAGGGAGAAGGGCAGGGAGAGGAGAGGGAACCACUCGGUCCGCCUUAGCCACUAGAGAAAUCAGCGCACCUUCCAUGGCUUGUGGAGCGACAGAGGGGAGGAGAAACACUUUUCUUCUUGUUUCCUGGCAUUCUGGGGAGUGGGGACAGCAAGCCCGGUCUCCUAGACGCCAGGGUUAGGGCUGGAUUGGGGGACCUUUGGACCAUUUUAGAUUUUCCCGGCUUAAAAGCAGUUCUGGGAUUCCCGAAGCUGCUCCUUGUGCAACCAUCUCUGUUUUUUACCAGAAAUAACCCAGGGAGGCCUUGAGGAGGGUGGAAAGCCAGCCUUGCCUCACAGUUGCUAGGCAACUAGCAGCCACCGGGUCCCCACGUGGCCCUCUGGUGGUCAUUCUUGUACACUGCAUGUGCUGUUCCAGCUGAGCAGGGGUGAUGCUGCCACCUGGUGGAUCUGCUGCGACUCCACUAGGUCUCAUUCAAGU